GCCAAAAAGUUGUCGGAAAAGGUAAUGCACCGUAUUCGUCAUUUCUUACUUUUUUUUCAUUCUUGUCAUCGAUGUGGACAACAAAAUUGAAUUGAAUCGCUCGUUUUCUAUGAAUUACCAUAGGUUCAAACGAUGAUCAAGAAGGGACAAUUGGAGAGCGAUCGAGAAGUAGAUUUGACAUCCCAGGAACCAGCGAUCCAGGUUUUUGUGCGAGCGAAUGCAACAACCGGCCGGCCCUGGCGUCUUUCGUCCCUGUCGGAGGAGGAGCAUGGGUAUAUGACAUUCACCGAGAUCGAGCUGGCCGCUUUUCUGCACAAGAUGGACGAGCUGCACCCUAUCCUCAAGAAGCUCAUUGGCUGCACGGACCAACAGCGGCAGCUCACCCAGGCGGAGCUGACGCAAGACUGGCUCUCAUUCCAGGCGCCGGGCGUGUUGAUCCAGCGCCUCAUUACCCCCAUCGACCCAAGGACCCCUGAUGGCGAUCGCCUGCGUGGGCGACAGAAGAAGGAUCUGGUAUCGCGGCAGCCAUCAAGGUUGUCGAGCCUGACGAGAUGCGUGCCCAUAUCAACACACUCCGCUGUGACAGUUUCGAUCCCCGAAAUUACCAGGAAAAGGGCUAUUUCUUGCAAGCCAUAGCCAUUCGUCUUGAUCGAGC